UGCACAACAGCGUCAUCUGGUGGAUCAGGUGGGGCAGUGUACACAGACUCAACACCUGGUAGGCAAACUGCAGGAGCUCUAAUAGGAGGCCUGUGAUGUCCUUCAGGUGGGUCCAGUCUCUCAAACGAUUUCCUCCUGCAGGGAAAGUCAGUGGAUGUCCUGGAGUGGGUUGAUAAGUGGAGACAAGUGUUUACAUGCUGGGGGACUUGGACCAAACAGGAGCAAACCGAAACCGUUUUGUUACAAUUAAAAGAUAAGCUUCUUAGCAACAGUCCAUGAGAAAAUUAUGGAUUUAUAAGGCGAACGAUUUAAUGCUGUGCUCAUAAAAAUGCCAACAUAAUACAGGAAAUGCAAGGAUUUAUCGUGUGCUGUCCAGAUACAUAUUGUGUACAUUAUGACCUCACAUACUGUCAGCCUCAGUCAGAGCAGGACGUUUGAUGGACGGGAGAACCAAUGGUACCUCAAAUAACUGUUUUUGCACUAUUGGUUGUACUGCAACAGGAUAUUAUUUUAAUUUCAGUCUCACUAAAGUAUUUAAAGAAACCAAUUAACAGAUGUUCUAUGCAAUUUCAAAAUGUACAAAUAUAAAAGGCAUGUAUGGAGAUAUAUAUAUAUAUCACACAAUAAAUGUGAGCAACAUGUUGAAAAAAAGUGUUUUGUGUGUUUGUAACUUUAGAGAGCAGAUUCUUAAAAUGUAUUGCAAAAAAAAUAAUCAUGCAGGCAGGGAGUACAUAUAACAUACAAUAAGUUUGCAUAAAUGCAAACUGAAAAUGCUUUUAAAAGAAGCAAUAUAAAGUUAUGCUCAAAGUCAAAUACAGAAGCUCAUUAUAGUUAUUGCAUUAAAGCGUGAGAUCAUGUAAUCUCAAUGUCAUUUACAACGGUUACUUCCUCCUCAUGUUUCCCCAAUGGAAAAAACAUUGAGCACAGUUUUCUUUGAUAUACUUUAUUGAGCACUGCACCAUAAUAUGAGACCAUAAACACUUAUGACUUCAUGUUCUGUUGAAAGCGUGUUGGGGAUGUUUUCGGUUCGCAGUUCCUCAUCGACGUCCACCACAAGGAGAGCUAUAAAUGUCACUGACCAAAGAAGCUUCAAACAAAUCCGCUGCUCUGUGAAAGCAGCUCAACUGAAGAGACUGCAGCUGGAGACUUCAACGACAACAACAUGAAAUAGCCAUUUCAAAUUUAUUAGAAAACUAAACAGAUUGUAUUUAUAUUGAGGAGCAUUUGAAUGCUCUGCCUGGGUUCAUAAAACAUUCUUUGUCGUCGUAUAUUUGCACAUCAUAAAGAUCCACAGGCACUCACAAACAUGAAACUGAUCAUGACAAACAUGCAGCAGAUGUAAAGUAAUUACCGCUGAUAAACAUGUAAAACAGGGGCCGACCCACUUGAACGACUUACCUUUGACAAGUAGCACAUAAUGACCGUUAAUAAGGAAGUAACAGGCGGGGCAAAGGUCUCGGUGGUUGUACAAGGCCAAAAAGGAGAAGCAGUUCUUUACUCAGUCACUUGGCAAUAUGAGAGGGGAUCAGAGGUUACGGAAGGAGGACGUGGUUAGGAAUUAAAAGUCAACACCACCGGAAUAAAGUUAAUAUUGGACCGCGUCAGCCCGGGAACGGAGGAUUCAUCCGCCGACCUCAAAGCGUUGUUGCUUCUGUCAACACACUUGUGGCUUAAAGUUGAUCCCGGGACCACAAAGGGAUUGUAAAAGUUCAUCGAAUGUGUGCAGCUCAGUAAACCCCAAUGACGAUGGAGCCUUUACCUUUCAAAAUCACCUCACGCCACUUUGUGCUGUGCGUCUUCCUCACUUUACUUUGGUUCGUCACAGACUCAAACCAAACCGAAGCCACAUCGGUCACAACACCAUCAACAACACCAGAAAUGUCAACAACACCAGAAACGUCAAUAACACCAGAAAUGUCAACAACACCAGAAACGUCAACAACACCAGAAAUGUCAACAGCGUUGACGACUUUUCUAAACACAAAACCAGCUCCUGGAGAGGUACAUAAUGUGACCGUGGUGACACAAACUGAUAGCAGUAUAACUCUGAAGUGGGACAAGGUUAACAGCAUCUCAACGUACUAUCUACAAUAUUUUAACGAAGGAGUUUCAAAGGAGGAAUUCAUAAAUGAAACAGAGGGAAGCCCGUCCGUCACACACGUGGUUACUCCUCUGACUGCUGGGAGGAAAUAUAAUUUCACCCUCAUCACGUCUCAGGAUGUCAACAGCACUGGAUACUCAUUUGUAGCUGUCACUGCUCCUCUCAAUGCGGAAGAUUUCAAACCGGUCACACAGGAUGAGACCAGUAUAACUCUGCAGUGGGACAAAGUGAAUGACAUCCUCGAUUAUAUACUUGUGGUAAAUGGAAAUGAGACAAACGUCUCCGCAUCAGAUGGACGUCAAGUGACGAAGAAAAUCUCAGAUCUCACAAAUACGAAUAAAUAUGACAUCACUCUCUUCACUGUGUUUGAAAAUGUCAGAAGCAGCGGAGCGAACACCACUGCAUCCACAGCUCCUCUCAAUGCAGAAGAUUUCAAACCGGUCACACAGGAUGAGACCAGUAUAACUCUGCAGUGGCACAAAGUGAAUGACAUCCUCAAUUAUAUACUUGUGGUAAAUGAAAAAGAGACAAACGUCUCCGCAUCAGAUGGAAGUCAAGUGACGAAGACAAUCUCAGAUCUCACAAAUACGACUAAAUAUGACAUCACUCUCUUCACUGUGUUUGGAAAUGUCAGAAGCAGCGGAGCGAACAUCACUGCAUCCACAGCUCCUCUCAAUGUGGAAGAUUUCAAACCGGUCACACAGGAUGAGACCAGUAUAACUCUGCAGUGGCACAAAGUGAAUGACAUCCUCAAUUAUAUACUUGUGGGAAAUGGAAAAGAGAUUCAUGUGACUGCAUCAGAGACUCAGGAAUCAGUGUCACAAACAAUCUCAGAGCUCACAAGUGGGUCGAACUAUGACAUCACUCUCUUCACGGUGUUUGAAAAUGUCACAAGCAGCGGAGCGAACAUCACUACACCCACUGCUCCUGGAAAUGUAAAUAAUGUGACUGUGUCAGCACAAGAUGAGACCAGUAUAACUCUGACGUGGGACAAAGUCAACAACAUCUCAUCAUACGCUCUACAAUAUGAGAGCAAAGAGGACACCAUCAACGCACCUCAUCAGGACGCAUCCGUCACGCUGGAGGUCUCUCCGCUUCAGGCGGGGACUCAAUAUGACUUCACUCUCAUCACUCGCUUUGAGAAAGUCAACAGCACUGGAUUCUCAUUCAACGCUGUGACUGUUCCCUCAAUGGUGACUGCGGUCAACGUGACUGAACGCUCUGUGACCAACUUAACCCUGACGUGGCGGACGAGUAAAAACUGGAACUACUCUCUCCAAAUAAAUGGGGAAAAUUCCCAGCUUCUCCCAAAUCGGUCCACAGAUGUGAUUUCCCACUCAAUCGUCUCUCUAGAGCCUGGAACAGAGUAUCCGUUCAGCGUGAUCACAGAGUUCUCUGGACUUAACAGCACUGCUUAUAAAGACUUCACAGUAACAGCCAUAGACUGCACCAAAGGAACCUGGCGUGUUACUAACUCAUCAAUCCAAGGGACGAUUGAAGGCUUGUUCUCGAAUGCAUUCGCCACUUAUAAAUCUCAAACUCACGUCAGUCCUGGAAGAGGCGACGUGUCAUUCGUCGGCCUUUACCCCGGCGCGACCUACGAGGUGUCUCUCGUCUACGAAACUAGAUCCAGACACUUUCCACAGUGUCGCCACAGUUUGACGAUCGUUCCUCCGUCUUUAAGCGCUCACUGCGAGUACUGGGACGCCGGCUAUUCCGUCUUUAUCGCCUGGGACAAGCCGGCUGGCGUGUGGACUUCUGUGGAGGUGAACGUGACUGGGGAAAGUUACAGAGUGCGUGAAAAUGAGGAACGGCAUUUCAUCAUACCCGGAUUCCAACCGGCUAACGCAUACGAGGUGUCUCUAUCUUCACUGUCCGGGAACAGAAGGAGUUUUGAACCAUUCGUUUUCUCAUGUCUCACUGAUCCGAGGGGAGUCAUAGCAGGGGCUGUAUUUGCUGUUGGGUUUUUCGGUCUCCUGAUCUGUUUGGCUGUCUUCAUUUAUUUUAAAAGACCAGAUAUUAUCAGCAGAAAAAGGUCAAUCAAUGGUGGUUCAAGAGAAUCCAAUAAAAAGAGCGAAGCUAUUUCUGUGGCAAAGUUUCCAGAUCACUUCUACCAAUUAGCUAUGGAUGAGAAUAAAGGUUUCACCGAGGAAUACGAGAGCUUCAUUCCUGUUGGCACGGAGCAAACCCGAGAGGCGGCUCUUCUCCCCCAGAACAAAGCGAAGAACCGUUUCAACAACGUCCUGCCGUACGACUGGUGUCGGGUGAAGCUGUCCGCAUCCAAUCCCAAUGAAACUUCGGACUACAUUAACGCCUGUUACAUGCCGGGCUACAGCAACAACAGAGAGUUCAUCGCCACCCAGGGUCCUCUGCCCUCCACAGUCAAUGACUUCUGGAGAAUGAUCUGGGAAGAAAGCGUGAAAGGCAUCGUCAUGGUAACCAACUGCACUGAGGGAGGACGGACUAAGUGUGAGCGAUACUGGCCUGCAGACGGAAAGCCGUGCUCUUACGGGGAGCUGCUGGUCACCAUGAGAUCGGAGCAGCGGGAGCCCGAAUGGACAUUGAGGGAAUUUAGGGUGAAACAUAGGUCCAACUCAGAGGAGCACACAGUGAGGCAUUUUCACUUCACUGCCUGGCCGGACCACGGAGUCCCACAGGGCACAGAGGUCCUGAUCCGGUUCAGAGGACUGGUGAGACAGCACAUCGAGAGGGAUGCGGCUGAAGCACCAACCGUGGUUCACUGCAGUGCUGGAGUGGGCAGGACGGGCACCAUCAUCGCCCUGGACGUGCUGCUGCAGCAGCUGGAGAGAGAAGGCGCUGUGGGAAUCAACAGCUUCGUGCACCAGAUGAGACUGAGCCGGCCGCACAUGGUGCAGACGGAGUCCCAGUAUGUUUUCCUGCACCAGUGCAUCAUGGACCGACUGCAGCCGGACGAGAAGAAUGAAGAGAACAUAUACGAGAAUGCAGACAUGAUAUACGCCAAUGCCACUGCACUCCAAGUGCUCACAAAAGCCUGAACUCAAUGAGAUCGAUCUCCACUAAAGUCGGUCUGUUAUGCACUUAAUGAAAAUGUAAUCUAAAGUCUCCAUGCUAUAUUUUUGUUAUUAAAUUGUAAAUAUGCAAACAUUUAAGUCUUAUAUAUAUUUACUGUACAUGAAUAGUACUCUCUCGAUUUUAUUUAACUUGUACAUUAGUGUUCCUCCCAUCUAUAAC